AGACAUGGCCCACUGAUGCUUUUAAAGCUCGGUGAGGUUAACACCCUCGUUGUUUCCUCCCCUGAAGCAGCCAGAGAGAUCAUGAAGACCCAUGACAUCACGUUCGCAAACAGACCCAUGCCAAUCGGCAGCAAGAUGGCGUCGUACGGUGGCAAGGACCUCAUCUUCGCCCCCUACGGCGACUACUGGAGGGAUCUUCGAAAGAUGUGCGUCUUGGAGCUACUAAGUGCCAAGCGUGUCCAAUCCUUUCAGGCAAUUCGCGAAGAGGAGGUGCACAAUCUCAUUCGAUCCAUUUCUUCGAUGAAAACCACUUCAUCACUCGUGAACCUUAGCCAGAAGCUGUUCAUGCUGAACAAUGACAUUAUUAUGAGGGCCGUCGUUGGAAACAGGUGCAAGGAUCAGAAUACUUUUAUACUAGCAUUGACAGAAAUGAUAAAACUAGCAGGAGGCUUCGGUCUGGCAGACCUUUUCCCAUCUUCAUUGCUUAUCAGCCGCAUUAACAUGAUGGCAUCCAAGUUGCCGAGAUAUCAACAGAAGGUGGGCGGGAUCUUGGACGACAUCAUCCACGAUCACCAAGAAAGGAAGAAGGCUAAACUGGUAGAGGAAGAUUUGCUUGAUGUUCUCCUGAGAAUUCGAGAGGAAGGUGGCCUUCCAUCUACUCCUCUCACACUAGAUGAAAUCAAAGCUGUGAUCUUGGACAUGUUCGGCGCAGGGACCGAGACUUCGUCCACCACUUUGGAUUGGGCCAUGGCAGAGCUGAUGAAAAAUCCAAAAGUAUUGAAGAGGGCGCAAGCAGAGGUGAGGGAGUUACUUUGCAGGAAGACGAUGGUGACUGAGAGCGAGAUUAGUGACAUAAACUACCUGAAACUGGUCAUCAAGGAGACCCUGAGGUUGCACCCACCAGUUCCCCUGCUAGUCCCUCGAGAGUCCCGAGAGAGGGUUGAGGUACUCGGUUACGAGAUUCCUGAGAAGGUGAGGGUACUUGUGAAUGCUUGGGCAUUAGGGAGGGAUCCGCAAAUUUGGGACGACGCAGAAGAGUUCAAACCGGAGAGAUUUGAUGGAAGCACCAUUGAUUUCAAGGGGACCAACUUUGAGUUCGUACCUUUUGGAGCUGGUAGAAGGAUAUGCCCGGGGAUCUCAUUUGCACUCGCCAAUGUGGAGCUUACCCUUGCUUGCCUUCUCUACUACUUCAACUGGGAACUUCCUGAUGGAAUGGAGCCUAGUGAUUUGGACAUGGCUGAAUCCUUUGGGAUGACAUCUCGAAGAAAAUUAGAGCUGUGUUUACGUGCUAUUCCCGUGGUAUAG